AUGCGGGAUCGGGUGAAGGCACACAGACGGCGUCUACCGGUUCUUCCUCGCCAAUUUACGUCGUUGCCUGCAUCGAAGGGGCAACUAAUUUCUUCAACACUUAGGCUGCGCCGCUUCGAUUCCAGGAUCCGGAUAGCUGGAAGUUACCGGCCAUGGCAGAAUUAAAAAAGCCAACAAUUUCUUAUCUUGCUGAGCAAUGGUCACUGCUAAAAGCCGUGGAGCCAACUCAGAUUAAAGCUGCUGCUGAAAUUGUUAAUGAUGAAAAACCUGUUACCAUUACUCCAGCUUCCACACAGAAGACUAAUGAUGACCCUGCUGCUGAGAAUGACAAUAAUGCCGCAGAGGAAAAUAGUAAAGCUCCGGAGCCAGAAGAAUUAGAAGGAGAAGAAGCUGCUGAAGAGGAUAAACCAGUGAUAAAGUUGGAAACUGCCCCAGCGGAUUUCCGUUUCCCAACAACAAAUCAAACUCGGCAUUGCUUUACUCGCUAUAUUGAAUACCACAGGUGCGUAACCGCAAAAGGAGAUGAUACUUCUGAAUGUAACAAGUUUGCGAAGUAUUAUCGUGCACUUUGCCCUGGUGAAUGGAUUGAUCGAUGGAAUGAACAGAGGGAGAAUGGAACUUUCCCUGGUCCCCUCUAGAUGACUUCAAUGCAGAUAAGCAUGAUGGCCUCUAAUAUCCCCACCAGACAUAAAUUUAUGGAGUGAUAGUCAAACCAAUUGAGGCUUAUAUUCCAGAUUAUUGGCUAAAUAUUUUUUUUCUUAAUCUUUUUGAGGCUUAGAGGGUUAAGACAUCAAUGACUGCAAUUGCUUCCAUGCCUGUUUAGCUUUUUCGAUCUUAUAAACCUUUAGCUAUGAUGCUCGAUAUGGUUUGCAGGAUGCAAUGCCUACAUUUGAAUGCAAGCAUUUUAAUAAGUAUUAUUUAUCUCUGAUUUACUUUUUAUGUGGCUUCUUUUGUGAAGUGUAAACUGUUGAGAUUGUUCUCGCAUUUGUGAAAUACUUGAAAUAUGUUCUUGGUUUCCC